GAGGUGGACGGGGCUGGGUUGUACCCCGUCCUUUCCCUACAGCCUCAGCUUAGAAGGACACACCAGUAGUGUCACUGAGCCCCCCCCUCAGUGGUCCUCCUCCUCCACUGUCUUCUUCCUUCGCCCACCUCGCCACUUGCUGCGACGGGCUUUGGUUUCCAUCGACAGGAAAACAGAAAAAAAAAAGUUACUUAGUAGUACGAGCUCGUUUAUCGCCUGCUGGCAGGUCUACUUCACGACCACCACACGCGACAACUCGAUUCAUCCGCACCUAAAAUAUUUGUCCAUCGAAAUUCAAUGAGCAAAGGUUCGACUGCAUCUGCAAAGACUCCGACGCCGCUCCCAUCGCAGUCAGCUUGGGCAAGGGGCCCGCCGCAGAAUAGCAAUUCUUCAGCUCCCUCAACGCGUUCUCAGUCUCCCGCUCCUUCCCAUGUACAGUCUAUAACUGCUUCUCAUUCCCGUCGUCCAAGUGCGUUAGGCCAGGGCGUACCCGUAAAAGAAGGCGUCAGCGUCCCGCGGAAUAACGUGGGCUCCGUCAGACAGGGAUCUUCCUUAAAUUUUGGCUCAAUAGAUGAUGCCUCUGCUCCUGUUUCGUCUUCACCUACCGCUACCCCAGUGGUUAGACAUGAAAGCGUCAAGACAUUUGGCUCUCUGCCUGUAACGACAGCUACGACAUCAACUAUCAUAAAUGGAAAAACUCCCGCUUCAGGUCCGUCCGCUGGCUCGUCGAAGCCUUCAUCACGGCCCUCGGCGAUGGCUCCAUCGAUAUCAUCAUCACCAUCAGCAACGGCCAGCCCGUCAUCGACAACGUCCGCAACGACGUCGUCGACGGCUCCGGCAUCUACUCCUAACUCUACCCCGUCGACAUCGUUAGCGGCCACGCCGUCUUCGUCUAUGCCAUCCACCAGUACAAAGUCCAGCUUUAAUGUUGCCAAACUUUUCCAGGGUAACCCCUCGGCCUCCCAACCGUCCUCAGACGCCACCUCUCCUUCAACACGACCGUCUAAUCUACCUCAUCAGCCGCCAUCUGCUGGCCAACAUGCACCGCAACAACCGGUACAGGCUCCCCCGAUGAGCGCGCAUCCCUAUCCGUCGUAUGGACAAGGAAUGCGACCUCCUCGCGGUGCGAGUGGGCCUGGUUCACCGGCAUUUUCUCGUGCUGUACCCAAUGGAAGUGGACCGCAGUCACGGCCGAUGCCAGGUCCCGGUGGUCCCGGUGGCCCUCCACUCCCUUCUAGUCCUAGACUCGCUCCACCUACUCACUCGCAUCCCCCUUCAUCUGCAGGUGUUCCUCCUCAACAGCUCCCCAUGCAACCCGUGCAUUGGUCUCCGUACUACUACCUGGAAUACCAAUCGCCGCAAUGGUUUUAUCCAAUGCAAGCUCCUCAUGGUAUGGGCCAUGCACCCCAUGCUCCCGCACCCACUCCUCAAGGCCCUCCUCACCCCAGCAUUCCUUUAUCACCUCGAACCCAACCUCCGUCACUUCCUCCCGGCACUCCGACUAUGGCUCAUGGUGUUCCACACUCUCCGCACACCCCUCAACCUCCACCGCCACACACGCAUCAACCUUCAGCUAGCAUGAGUAUAUCUCCUCCUCCGCCGACGCCAUCCACAUCCAAUGCUCCGGGCGGUCGUAGCCUCAAUACCAAUGCCACUACAUUCGUUCCUACGGCGCCUCGAUCACACAAGAUUACCAUUAAAAGUGAAGACGGGACGGAGGUUAAAUUGGAGUCGUUCAAGAAGCCCAGCCCCCAACCAUCUACCACCCCGAUACCCCCGCCUUCUCCGAUAGCAACAAGUCGUCGGACAGCAUCGGUGCGCAUUGAAAGCGAAGAGUCGAAGCGGAAACGGGAAGAGCAGGCACGAUUAGAGCAGGAAAAGAAGGAGGCAGAUGAGAGAGCAAAGAAAGAGGAGGAAGAACGGAAACAAAAAGAAGCAGAAGAUGCUAAGCGGAGAGAGGAAGAGGAGGAGGAAAGGAAACGGAAGGAGAAGGAAGAGGAAGAGGAGCGAGUGCGAAAGGCAGAGGAAGAGAAGGUGCGACAAGAAGAGGAGCGAAAACGCAGGGAAGAGCAGGAACGGUUAGAAGAAGUGCGACGCACUGAGGAGCGCUUGAAGGCAGAAAAGGAGCAGGCGGAGCGGGAGCAAAGAGAGAGGGAACAGAAGGAGCAGGAGGAGCGGGAGCGAGCUGAGAGGGAAGCCGAACAGCAACGCCAGGAGGAGGCCGAAGCAGAGGCUCAGAAGCAAAGCGACAUCGUUGAAUCUCCGACACAAGAGUCGUUGGAGGUUGAAGAUGGUGAAGUGCUCGAGAACGGAGAAGAGGUUUCCGAGCCUCAAGUAAACGGUGCUGGCAAAAGCCAGAAAGAGUCUCUGCGGAUCGACACCUCAGAAUUCGCCAGACGUCGGCCGGGUCCCCUCGAUAUCAAUGCUGCCAAGAAGGAUAGCUCUGCGCCUCCUCUCUCCGCCCUGUUGACCGCUCGCAAUAUCGGUAGACUGGACGAGAUCGAAUAUCCUGAUGGUAUAAAGAGUCCCAAGACGGAGCUUAAUGAGAACGCGAAAGACGGCAAGUUUAGGUAUGACCGAGAUUUCCUCAUGCAGUUCAUGGCAGUCUGUAAGGAGAAGCCGCCGAAUCUUCCUCCGUUGGAUAUCCUUGGCAUCGAGCCUGUCGACCAAACGUCAUUCGCCAUGACGCGUGGCGGUUCCGCUCGACAUCGUCAGUCUUCAGGUCCCAUGUCCGCAGCAGGUGCUCGCUCAGCUUCGAUCGGCCUUGGUAUUGGUCCUUUCAAACCUGGGGCUCCCCCUGCUCCUUUUGCGAUGGGCCAGUUUGGUACUCCUGGCAACAAGCUCACGAGCGAGGAACGUUUUAUGAUGUCUCAAGGCGCACGCUCGGCGUCUGUUGGCGGUGGCCCCGCUGCGUUGCUCAACCGUCCUCCAUUAACACGAACUCCAAGUCAAGGUGGACCCGGUGGACACCCGAUGGGUGGCCAUCGCACGCGCAGCAAGCGUGGCGAGAAACGCACCGAUCUCAGCAAGGUCGGUUCGGUACAGCAAGGUCCAGGAUUUGGCCCAGGUGCUGCCUCUUCGAUACCUGCACUUGAACCCGUUGCUCCUCUUGAGAUGUCCGCCAACCGCUGGGUGCCUAGCAGUGCGCAGCGUAAAGGUGCUAUCGACGCGGACACUCCUGAGGUUGUGGAUCGGAAAGUUAAAUCACUCCUCAACAAGCUCACUAUGGAGAAGUUCGACUCGAUAUCUGACCAAAUCAUUGCAUGGGCCAACAAGUCGGAGAAUGAAAAGGAUGGACGGACCCUCAUUCAGGUCAUCAGGCUCGUUUUCGAGAAGGCUACUGACGAGGCUAACUGGAGCGAGAUGUAUGCUCGACUCUGCCGCAAGAUGAUGGAAACGCUCAGUCCCAAGGUCCAAGAUGAUGGCAUUAAGAGUACCGACGGGAAACCCAUCACAGGUGGUCAGCUCUUCCGCAAAUACUUGCUCAAUCGGUGUCAAGAAGACUUUGAGCGUGGUUGGUUUGCCAAGGAAGCCACAGCUCGUGCGGCGGCAGCCAAAGCCAGCGACGACGAAGCAAUCAAGGCAGCCAACGAGAAGAAGGGCGAGGAGAGCGAGCUCUACUCCGACGAAUACUACGCGGCUCAGAAAGCGAAGCGUCAGGGUCUCGGUCUCAUCAAGUUCAUUGGCGAGUUGUUCAAGCUUCAGAUGCUCACUGAACGCAUCAUGCACGAAUGUGUGAAGAAGCUGCUUGGUAAUGUGGAGAAUCCCGAGGAGGAAGAGAUCGAGAGUCUGUGUCAGCUGUUGAGAACUGUUGGCCAACUUUUGGAUGUUCCCAAGGCGCGUGCACAUAUGGACGUGUACUUCCAGAGGAUGAGAGAGCUCUGCAAGAGCCUGAACGUUAGUCCUCGUAUGCAGUUCAUGCUUCAGGAUGUGAUUGAACUCCGUGACCGGAAAUGGCAACCUCGUAACGCGGUAAAUGCGCCUACUACGCUUGCCGCAGUACACGAAGCGGCUGCCAAGGAAAAGGCUGCUCAAGAAACCCAAGCAUUCCAGCGGCAAUUCAGCAUGUCUCGAGGUGGUUCGAAACGAGGUGCCGAGCGCAACGCUGAGCCUUCUCCUGACGGUUGGGCAGUAGCUGGAGGCUCGCAACCUAGACCCCCAACCAAAGCAGGCGACCUUUCGCAUUUCGGCAAGAUCAGUAAGGCUGCUCCGAUGGUUAUGGGUCCGAGCAGUGUUUUCGCUGGCAAGAAGGAUAUCAAGCGCGAGUCGAUGACACGCACGAACUCGAGCUCUAACAUGUUCUUGAUGCUCAGUCAGAACCCCGAGCUUACCAUGGAACCCAAACCGAGUCGAGCACCUAGCCGGAAGCCCAGUACGGACUUGGACAAACCGGAACCUGCUCCACAGCGUAAGAAACUUCAACUCCUACCCCGCACGAUCCCCGCCCCUGGUGAAACUUCGUCGCCCUCGUCAGAGGAAGAAUCCGAGGCAGCACCUGCAGCCCAGAUGUCAGAAAAAGAUGCGCAGAAGAUCGAUGAGGACGCUAAGGAAUUCUUUGCUGUCCGCAACCUUGAAGAGGCGGACGCAUACUUCACCACCCUCACAGAAGAGCAUCGAUUCCGACUGGUUGACAAGCUCGUUUCAUCGGCACUGGAAAGCAAGGAAGCUGAUGCUCGUUUGGUCGCUGACUUCUUCUCUCGUCCUGCUUCACAACACGAGUGCUCGCCAGAUGCUUUCGAAGCUGGAUUCAUGCCCAUGGCUGAGCUACUAGAGGACAUUGCUAUUGACGCCCCGAAGGCAUUCGAGUACAUGGCCAUCAUGCUGAAAGGGGCUGGAAUGGACAAGGACGAGGAGAGAAUGAAGCGGAUCGCUGAGAAGGUGACGGACAGUGGUGAUAGGUUGCUUCAGCUCGUUUCGUCAUGAACAUUUUCGUCGACAUAUUUCAUUUCCUUGGGGAUUUUACUUACACCCUCAGCUGCGCUCCCAUCUGGCAUAUAUUACUUUUUCUUUUUCCCCAUCCAUUGCUUGCAUCGUUUUUCUGAUGAAUCUUAGUCUCUGUUCGUGCGUGACCCUGGUUGCUGCAACACAUAAUAAUCUGUCUUGUACAUCGCAUGGCUUUUCUCCCCUAUUAUUUGUUGUCCUAGUUUUACAGCAUAGGCUACAGCUUAGCAGUACAUCAGAUAGUCAACGCGAACAAUUCACUCAGACGACGAACCUAUCGUAUACGAUGAUGCCCGAUGGAUUGA